UACUACUGCUACGACCGAGUCACGUUCGCACAUCAUUCGUUCGCCACAUCUGGCCCCCAAAUUAAAAUUUUAAAGCCUUCUGAAGAACUCUGCGCGUUCUUUGCAACUAUUCAAGACUCCGGCAGGCUUCCUUAUAACUGUCCACCAUGUUGGUGAUCCUGGCCUUCAUCAUCCUUUUCCACAUAAUAUCUGCCACGCUACUCUUCAUAUCGACGAUAAACAAUGCUUGGUGGAUAUCUGGAAAUUUCUACACUGACCUGUGGUACACCUGCAAUAGUACAUGCUAUGCAGUGGAGAACAGCGAAAGUGCCGCAGCAGGCUACCUCCAGGCUGUUCAGGCAACCAUGAUCCUGGCCACCAUUUUGUGCUGCGUGGGGUUCUUCGUGUUCAUCCUGCAGCUUUUCCGCCUCAAUCAGGGAGAGAGAUUUGUCUUCACAGCCGUCAUCCAGCUUCUGUCCUCGCUGUGUGUCAUGAUCGGAGCGUCGAUCUACACUGCUGAGCACGACAGCUUCCAGAAACCGAUGUUCAGAAACGGAAACUACGGAUACUCCUUCGUCCUGGCCUGGAUCUCCUUCCCUCUCACCCUGAUCAGUGGGCUGAUGUAUUUAGUCCUGAGGAAACGCAGAUAAUCCAAAACGCAUUCACCUCACCUGAAGGCCAGCAACUGCAGCCUGCACACGCCAAGGCCCAAGGAAUAUAUUUUGUAUAUACUCAUUUUUUUUAUGUAUAGUGAAUAAAGCAAAAACAAAAUAAACAUUACUAGGAAAAAAAAACAUUAAAUAGAAAUGUAGCUACUAGAAACUUUUGGUAUUAAGCUAGGUGUGAUAUUUUAUGUAGAAUUUUAACUCUUUUUGUUUUAAAUAUCUCAUUUAGCCAAAUUUUGUGGUGAAAACGUGUUAUGCUGUGAUUUAAAGGCUCACGAGCUGAGCAUAGGCGAAGUAAACUUGAAAUUGAACACAUGCAGACGUGUUACAGUAGGAGGUCUCACUGAUAAAACAAGGAUGGAAAAUAAUAUUUAUUGUUUAAACCACUGGACGGUUGUUGCAUUUUGAAGUAUUAGACCUGGGCAUUCCAAGUAGUUAAAUCUUCCUUUGGACACGUUCAUGUUCAAAUGCUACCUUCAGCUGUUCUCAGGAGGAACAUCAGUGGUUAACUGUACAAAUGUCAUUCAAUGCAUAUGGAGUUGGAGCUUGAAAUGAAUCUGUUGUGAAUGUCUUUUUCUAGCGGGAAAUAAUUAAAAAACUGAAAUGGGGAACGUUUAGCUCACAGAGCAAGCAUAGGGCAAGUCAGUGGCUACCAUGCUGUUUUUAAGUACUCUUCAAAUGUCCAGUCAGACAUUUCCCUGAGUUUAUUUUUGAUAGAACCACCCGGUGCCUUUUCAUUGGCACCGCUUGUUCCACUCCCUUCAUCAGUCAACAGGGGCUAGAAAGUCUCUGUAUGAAGAACACGAUGUAUGAAGAACACGAUAGUACAGUACACGAUAGUACAGUACCCGAUAGACAGUCCAAAAUGGCCGUAAACCUGAUCUUAAGAAACAUCAAAGGAAAUACAAGUACUGAAUCAACAGUAAAAAUGCAAAAACCCUUUUAUUUUGAACGGAAAGCACUCCCAUAGACACUGAGCACUAAGUCUCACUUGAAUGUUAAUCCCCCCCCCAAUAAGAGCUUAAAGUGGGACUUUAAAAUCUGUAUUAUGAGAGCCAGACAACUUCAGAAGUGUGUUCAAAGUACCUCUCCAAUUGCAUUUGGGUGCAUAUUUCAUUUAUUGCGUUCAAACACAACACAGCUGUAUCAUACACUCCGGUGCGCUUUUAUUACUCAAAUCAGAGUUAAACAGCCUUUGUCAGAGGUUCAUAUUUUUAUCUUAUGUGAGAACAUUAUAUCAAGGUUACUGUGGAAGUAUUUUGAACCUUUUAAAAAACUUUUCAAAGCUUUUGACAGCAAAACUGUUUUAUGCCACGGCUGUGCUUCAAUGAGAACGUGAAAAUGUUUCGGGUUCACUUGGCUUUUGGAGUUAUAAUUUUUUUUGUUCAAGUUCAUGUAUUCUAGUUUUUGUAAGCCCUGUGAACGAAAAGUCUGAAUUUCUGAGGCCAAAAUAAAAGUUCAAUUGUCUUUAUUUGCA